UAGGUACUGUAACGUUCACUCGACACCAAGCGAGCGGGCCGGGCAUUAAAUCACAAACACACCUACAGCUGACCGAGGCCCUAGGCCCGACGAAUGGUCGACGGCCCGAAGGUUUCGUAGGUGGCUUUGCAGGUGUUGCGGCCGAGAUGGGGAUAUAUAUAACAGUUGAGGGCGACCCUGUCCGAGACGACACACGACGUUGAUCAAGAUGUUCUCAGGAUUCACGGAGAUCGUAUGCCAGAUCCAUCCAUCAUCGCCCCUACUUGUCAACCUACUGACAACCAACAUUUACAGUUCUCAAACUCUUACGGCUCCGGCACCCUCGGUACCAACACCCAACCCGCUCACCCCCAAUACCAACAGCACCGUCCCCCUCCCAUUUCCACUCCCUCGUACCACUCCCAGUACAACGCCUACGACCCACACACUGCAUCCUCCGCCUCAGCCCCGGGAACAGCCGACUAUCUCCUCCAACCCUCCCCACCCUUCCCACGCAGCCCACCGACGACAUACGAUCAACACGUUGCACCACAGCAACAACCGCUGUUGAGUCCGAAUGAUCCGGCGCAUGAUUUUGAUCCGGUGAGUGGGAGGUAUACGGUUAGGCCGGUUCCCGGGGGUGGAUUGAGGAGGGGAGAAAGUACGUUGAAGGAGGGGUUUGGUGGUGGUGGUGGUGGUGGGGAUAUGUUUGAGUUGGGGGAGAGGGGGUCGGAGGUUGAGUAUGGGUAUAGGCCUGCCCAUGCCGAUGCUGCCGGACGCAGUAUGGGCAUCAGUGGGCCAGAAGACCGACUCGCUGCCGAAGACUACAAGUUGAAGAGGUCGAUCCGCGCUGUUCGCUUUGGGAUGAGGUGUUUGGUGUUGGUGUGUUCUACGGUCGUGGUAGCGCUUUUUGCGCAUAAUCUGGCGGUGUAUAAUCGGACGAAGCAUAUUCAGGGGAUGUGGCCUCACAAGGAUAGUGGUGGAGCGUUGAUUUGGAGUUCGGUGUUGUUGUUGGUUGUGGCGUGUAUCUCGACGGCGACUUCUAUUGGUGAGUCAUCUUUUCCAUUUUAUCUCCUGCUUCUGUCAAUGGGGAGAAGAGCGGGGGCAGUAAGCUGACUAUGGAUGUAGUCAUCCUGGCAUCGUACUGCUGGUCAGUCAAGAUCGCAAACAGAUUGGCACUCGGCCACACCGCCUUCGACCUU